CCCUCAGUCAGCUCCAUCAUCAUUUCACAUUCGCCCCCACCGCCAUUUUUUUUCCCGCCCAAUUCCAAUCUCCGCCGCCGCGCUUCCCCCGUCGGGGCCUCGCGCUAGGGUUUCGGCGAUCUCCGGAGCCGCGGCGGCGCAACUCCUCCGCGAAGAGGCGCGAUGGAGGUCCAGCAGUUGGCUCAGCUCCUGAGCGCCACCCUCGGCGGCGGCGGCGGCGGCGAUGUCCGCGCGGCCACCGCGGCGCUCGAUCGCCUCGCGUCCUCCCUGCCUCGCUUCCCUUUCCACCUCCUCGCCCUCGCCACCGGCGGUGAAAAUCAAGGUCUUAGAGUUGCGGCUGCCACUUACCUCAAGAACUACAUCAGGCGAAAUAUCGGUGAAAAUCCAUCUUUAGAAGUUGGUAAGGAGUUUAAGGAUCAGCUGAUGCAAGCUUUGCUUCAAGUAGAACCGGAGAUUUUAAAGGUUUUGGUGGAAGUGUUCAAGUUUGUUGCUGAAGUCGAGUUUGUGAAGCAAAAUUCGUGGCCUGAACUGGUGCCUGAAUUACGCUUGGCAAUUCAAAGCAGCGACCAAAUUAGUAACAAUGCAAAUUGCAAAUGGAGGACUGUCAAUGCGCUCACGAUCCUUCAUGCACUCAUCAGGCCUUUUCAGUACUUUUUGAACCCAAAGGUUGUUGUGGAGCCGGUGCCGCCACAACUAGAACUGAUUGCAGAAGAUAUUCUUGUACCACUGCUAGUUGUUUUCCAUAGUCUUGUUGGAAAGGUCAAAGCAGCCCAUAAAAUGACUGAUAUAAGUACUGAGAAGAUUAUACUUAUCAUAUGCAAAUGCGUCCAUUUUGCUGUGAGGUCACAUAUGCCGUCUGCUUUAGCUCCUCACGUGGCUUCAUUUUGUCGUGAUUUAAUUGAGAUUUUGGAUUCUUUGACUUUUGAUUCUGUAGCGCCCUCAGGAAAUGAGUACAUGCAGAGAUUAAAAGCUGGGAAGAGAAGUUUGCUCAUUUUCUGUGUGCUGAUAACUCGACACAGAAAACACUCUGAUAAGUUGAUGCCUGACAUUGUCAACUGUGCUUUAAAUAUUGUCAAGUACAGCAGUAAUAUCAGUAAACUAGAUUUUCAGACAGAGAGGAUUCUUUCACUUGCCUUUGAUGUCAUUUCACGUGUUCUGGAGACUGGACCAGGUUGGAAGAUUGUUUCACCACACUUCUCUUUUCUAUUGGACUCUGCGAUUAUGCCAGCAUUGGCUAUGAAUGAAAAGGACAUAUUAGAGUGGGAAGAAGAUGCAGAUGAGUACAUAAGGAAAAACCUUCCAUCUGAACUUGAAGAUUUUUCUGGAUGGAGGGAGGAUUUGUUCACAGCCAGAAAGAGUGCAAUAAAUUUACUUGGUGUCAUGUCAAUAUCAAAGGGACCUCCAAUCGGGAGUUCCAAAUCGACCUCUUCAAAGCGUAAAAAAGGCGAAAAGAACAAGAGAAAUGGUCAGCAGUCUUCUGUGGGGGAGUUAUUGGUUCUUCCCUUUUUGUCCAAGUUUCCUGUUCCUACUGAUGAUAAUGCAUCCCAAUCUACGAUCUUAAAUAAUUACUUUGCGGUGUUGACAGCUUAUGGUGGACUGGAAGAUUUUUUAAGGGAUAAACAACCUGGAUAUACAGCAACUCUUCUUCGUACACGAGUUCUACCAGUAUACAUGAUAUUAGAAAAGGUUCCAUACUUGGUGGCAGCUGCAAACUGGGUUGUUGGAGAGCUUUCAUCUUGUCUACCUGAAGAUAUGAGCUCAGAAAUAUAUUCCCAUUUGCUAAAGGCAUUAUCCAUGAUGGAUACAACGGAUAUUUCUUGCUAUCCUGUCCGUGUUGCAGCUGCAGGGGCAAUGGCUAAACUAUUUGAAAAUGAUUACCCACCACCUGAAUGGUUGCCACUUCUUCAAGUUGUGAUUAAUAGGAUCAGUAAUGAAGAUGAGGAAAGCUGUAUUUUAUUUGAGCUUCUGAACUCUUUAAUGGAGGCUGGAAAUGAAAGUGUCAUGAUUCAUAUCCCAGACUUAGUUUUACCUCUUGCUGGCACCAUCUCAAAGUUUUUACCUCCUAGUACGGAGCCAUGGCCCCAAGUAGCUGAAAAAGGAUUUGCAACUUUGGCAGUGAUGGCUCAAUGUUGGGAGACUUUUAUAAGUGAAGAAACCAAUGAGCAUGAAUCCUCUGAAAAGCGCGCAUCUGGGCGAGCUGUAAUUGGUAGAGCUUUCUCAGUUCUUUUGCAAGAGGCUUGGCUCAAGCCAAAAAAUCCGUUGGAAAGUGAAACAUCUGCGCCUCCCUCCUGCAUAGAUCAUGCAUCAACAUUACUUCGGUCCAUCAUGCUAUCUGUUACUGAAAACAACUCAGUUCUAGAACUGAAAGUAUCAGAACUAUUAUUAGUUUGGGCUCAUCUCAUAGCAGACUGGCAUGCUUGGGAAGAAUCAGAGGAUUUAUCAGUUUUUGACUGCAUCAAGGAAGUUGUCAGACUUUCUACUGAAUAUGAGCUGGCUGAUUUCUUGUCAAGACGUGUACCAUCACCUCCUGCCCCACCUGUUCCUUCACUAUCUAUUAUUGAAGGUAUUGGAGCUUUUAUAAGUGAGGCCAUCACACAAUAUCCAUCUGCGAUGUGCAGAGCAUGUUCCUGCGUCCAUAUGCUGCUUCAUGCCCCAAGCUAUUCACCUGAAACUGAAAGUGUAAAGCAGUCAUUAGUGAUUGCAUUUUGCCAGGCAGCAUCUUCUAGUUUCUACAGAAUUCAAUGCAAGCGGCCCUCUCCACUGUGGAAGUCUUUGUUGCUUGUUAUUGCAUCAUGCUAUUUGUAUUGUCCUGAUAAUGUGGAGGAGAUAUUGACAAGGAGUCAAGAUGGUGGCUUUGCAGCCUGGGUAUCAGCAUUAUGUUCGGUUGCCUCCCCUUCUUGUACCAUCUGUCUAUCAGGAGAUUCCGAGAUUAAGUUAUGUGUAAUGGCAUUGGUGAAGGUGAUUGAGAGGUUAUUAGAACUGGGAAAUUUUUCAUCCGGUUUAGGUUGUGAAUGCUUCACUUCACUGCUGGAGGCAACAGCAAAAUUGAAAGAAGUGGAGGAUAAUGCAGAGGAGGAAGAAGAAGAAGUACAAGAAGAAAGUGUUGAUGAAGAUGAAGAGGAAACUGAUUGUGAGGAUUCAGAUGACGAUGAUGAGCAUGAAGAAACUCAAGAAGAAUUUCUGGAAAGAUAUGCCAAAGCUGCGAUUGAUCUUGAAGAGGGUAGUGCCAUUGAAGAGGGAGAUGUUGAAAAUGAAGACCUUGAGCCUGAUUUGGGCCAUCUGGAGGAGGUUGAUCACCAGCGACUCGUCUUCUCAUUGAUAGAAAGACAUCGAGAAGUUCUCCUGAAAGGGCAGGUGUUGCCACCUGAGCUCAUUACGACUUUGCACAAUGCCUUCCCUGAGCAGUUUUCAUUGUUGCUGCAGUACAGAUGAAAAAUUAAAUCAACAUUCCUGCACUCAAGCGCAGUAGAGAAGUUUGAUCCCGACUUGAUUGAUUUCUAUUUGGUGGCAGUCUUUGCCUCGAGGAAAAAGAUUAUUUAAAGAAAUAGCUGUUGAGAAGAACUGUAGUGUCAUUGGUUUGUAAUCUCAACAUCAAUUUUUUGUCACAAGGUUUUACUUUUAUUGAAUGCUGUGGUAUUUUGGCGCAGGACACCAUAUGAAAUAACACUUCGGGUAAAGAGUCUUCA